AUGCCUACCAUUCGUAUUCCCACCACAGUUAGUCCUCAACAAGGUGGUACGAGUUCCAUAGGUGGGCCAGAUCCUAUAAACCAUGUUCAAACUUUAGGUACGCCAUCGGUUCAAGCGUCAGAUCACGGUAGUAACCCAACCAUCCCUGAAUUAUCUCCCAUUACACCUGAUCUGAGCAGCCCAAUAGACGAGGGUACAUCAAACCAGAGCAACACUAUCAGCGAAGAAGAGUCCAGUAGUCGUCGUAGGCAGUGGACACUUACACUUGUUACUCUUACUCCUGCAGGGUUGGAACUUUCAAAAGAAUGCUCCAAUACCAUAUCCGCAUCUUUCAAAAAUCAACUUGAUCCCAAUGGAAUCAAUUGGAAAGGUGUCUCAGAAGAUACUAGAGAUUUUUAUUUUGGGGAGUUCAAGAAGACAUACCGUUGGGACUCUUCGAUUCCUGAGAGUGUAAUCAGAAAACAUUGGAAUACUAACGCAGCAACAAAGUAUAGGAAUUUCAUUAGCAAAAUUAAACAAAAAAGGAUUGAGCCGGAUUAUGUGUCUGAUAAUGUGUGGGAACGUUGGUUGCAACUUUGGGCGGAUCCUAAGUGUGUUGAAAAGUCAGAAAUAAAUGCAAAGAAUCAUUGUGGAGGGAAAGAAGUUGCUGCCGGGACUCACCCAGGUGGCUCUAUCUGCAUUGGGGAGCAUCGCAAGAGACUUUUCUUGAUUCUGACUGUUGGAAAGGGUCGAGAUCCAACACCAGGCGAGGUACAUUUGCACGUCCAUACACAUGAUCAUGAUGGAGAAUCUUUUGUUGAUGAGUGUGCCCGAGCUGUCCAUCUUGUACACCAACAUCAACCAAACCAAGUCCGCAAAGUGACAACACUAGCCUGUUCCUGUGAUGCAGUGGAACCAGCUGCUAGUUGCCCUAUUCAAACUCCCAUAGCUGUUACUCCUUAUUCUACUAGACAGGAAGAACUGAAAAGUAGUAUCAGUAAUGACUUAAAUCAGUAG